AUGCUGUCUAUUCCUCUUGCUAACCAGCUACCCUUGAAGCCACCCUCUGAUCCAACUCUCAAGCUAAUAUAUGAAUUUUGGAUCAAGGAGGAAGAGAAAAAGCCAGAUCCUUCUGCAGAUCCAGAGCCUGUCAAACCAACAUUGCAGGAAUCUUGGGCUACAAUUAUAAAGACAGUUGAUUCUUUUGAUGAGGACAUGGUUGGAGGUUAUAAAGAAGAUAUUGACACACUUCUAGUUUUUGCUGGUUUAUUCUCUGCAGUUGUCACUGCUUUUACAAUAGAAUCAUACCAGUGGUUGCAUGAAGAUCCUCAAGACACCACUGUUACCCUUCUACAACAAAUCUCUUCCUGGCAGAUGAAUGGCACUGCUCUACCCCAAUCCCAAACAUUUACCCCUUCCCCCUCUGACAUUCGCAUAAACACAUUCUGGUUCCUUAGCCUCAUCAUUGCUCUGGUUGAUGCUCUGUUUGCACUCCUCUGUAAGCAAUGGGUUCGUGAGCAUAAACGACAAAUCAAUACAUGGACACCAGACCAAGCAUUAGCCCUCAGGUGGCUGCGUUAUCAGAGCUUUGGAAGAUGGCAUGUUCCCAAAAUUCUUGCUUCUCUCCCCAUCUUGCUGGAAAUUGCUCUCUUCCUAUUUUUUGCAGGAGUAUUGGAGCUAUUAUGGAGCCGACAUUCUAUCCCAUUUUCAUUUGCACUGUUCAUUGUUGGAGCAGCUGUGCUUUUCUACUUUAUAACUACCAUCCUCCCUGGCAUUAGUAUCAUUCAACAAGUUCUCCACAUCCACCCAGAAUUUGCUCAGGACAAGUCAUGGUUAUGGCCAAGGGAUAUGGAUCAUCUACCCUUAGUCAAUUUUAUAUGCCCCUACAAAUCUCCCCAAUCAUGGCUUAUAUUCCAGCUCUUUUCUGCCAUAUAUCAUAUUCCAUUUUUCAAACAGUCUCUCUUCUCUUUGCUUGGCUGGUUCCAUCAAUACAGAAGCACUGCUGAGGGUUUUGAGAAGUUUGAUGGCACUAUAACCAGAAAUGUUUUAAAACUCUCCAGCUGGGGAUCACUUGAUAUGAAUGUUGUGGAGCGAUUCUCAAGGAUCAGAGACUGUCCUGAUUUCUAUGAACUGAUGGGCUUUCAAUGGUUGGUACAAGAGACCUAUGACAUUCCAUCCAUGUUACCCCAUCUGAAGAAUGUGCUGGAGAAACUGCCCAAGGAUUUGGUCAUGCACACCAUCUUUGAUUCAUGGGGCUCACCACUCAUCUUCAACCUUGACAAGUCAUUGGAAGAUCAUUCAGUUUGUAGAACUGACGAUGACUUAUUUGGUGAUCAUUUGUCAACACAUCACUUGAACCUUGCUUCCCAAAUCUUAUGUUUCUGA